GCGAUUCAGUUCCAAACUAGCCUUCUUCCAGCAUGGAUUGAAAACGGAACGGAACGCAAAACCCACCCCAAAAAACCGUGUGCGGGCGCACAGUAUAGCAUUACAGAAAAAUCAAUUCCAACGGCAAACCAGCACUGGCAGCACUCGACACCUAGUGGACUAGCGUAUUUCACCCUGCCCACGACGGCACACGUGUACCGCCGAGUGUGUGUGUCUGUGCGUGCGUUUGUGUGUGUGUCCGUGUACGCGUGCAUGUGUUAACAUCACACCUCCCACAACAACAACAACAACAACAAAAUUUUUCCACUUAGAACAGUGCUUUAGAGCAAGGCACUUUUUCCACAUCGGCCAAAAAGUUGGCCAAAUUUUCAUCUCCUCUAUAUAAACCCGAUUGCAAGGCCUAGGGCCUCUCGCCGUCAUGUCGUCCGUGAAAGUGGCGGUCCGAGUGCGACCCUUCAACUCGCGGGAAAUUGCCCGGGAAUCAAAAUGUAUCAUCGAAAUGGCCGGCAACACGACCUGCAUCACAAACCCGAAAGUUCCGCCCGGUUCGAGCGAAUCGGUCAAACGCUUCAACUACGAUUACUCCUACUGGUCACACGACCCGCGCGAUCUGGAAUUCUCGACACAAGCCAUGGUAUACUCCGACAUAGGAGAGGAAAUGUUGCAACACUCAUUCGACGGAUACAACGUUUGCAUCUUCGCCUACGGACAAACGGGCGCCGGCAAAUCGUACACCAUGAUGGGCAAACAGGAAGACGGCCAGGAGGGCGUGAUACCGAUGAUCUGCAAGGAUCUGUUCCGUCGAAUACAGGAAACCGAGAGCGACGAUCUGAAGUACUCGGUCGAGGUGUCGUACAUGGAGAUUUACUGCGAGCGUGUGCGAGAUCUGCUAAAUCCGAAGAACAAGGGCAAUCUGAAGGUGCGCGAACACCCGCUGCUGGGCCCGUACGUGGAGGAUCUGUCCAAGCUGGCCGUCACCUCCUACCAGGACAUUCACGACUUGAUCGACGAAGGCAACAAAGCACGUACUGUGGCCGCAACCAAUAUGAACGAAACGAGCUCAAGAUCACACGCUGUGUUUACGAUUUUCUUCACCCAAAAGCGACAGGACCGCAUGACCAGCCUGGAAACAGAGAAGGUUUCGAAAAUUAGUCUGGUCGAUUUGGCCGGCUCCGAGCGCGCUGAUUCGACAGGCGCCAAGGGAACCCGGCUGAAGGAGGGAGCCAACAUCAACAAGAGUCUCACCACGCUGGGCAAGGUUAUAUCGGCUCUGGCAGAAAUUUCCGCAUCUAAGAAUAAAAAAUCAAAGAAAGCUGACUUCAUUCCAUACCGCGAUUCCGUACUGACAUGGUUGUUAAGAGAGAACCUUGGCGGUAACUCAAAAACGGCCAUGAUCGCUGCGAUAUCGCCGGCCGAUAUCAACUACGACGAAACACUCAGCACACUGAGAUAUGCCGAUCGUGCGAAGCAGAUUGUCUGCAAAGCUGUCGUCAACGAGGACGCGAACGCGAAACUUAUUCGCGAACUCAAGGAAGAGAUACAGAAGCUGCGCGAGCUACUCAAAGCCGAGGGCAUUGAGGUGCAGGAAGGACCGGACGGUAAAGUGGUUUGUGAAAAGCGAGAUGCUAAUAAGGACGAAUGUCUCAUCAAGUCGGACAAAAUCGAGUCAGUUGGUGGUGUGGUCAUCACCGAGGAAGGUGAAGAUGGCGAGAAGAAGAUACACUCACCGAACCGUAAUCGCAAACGUACCGGUUCGAGUACGGAAAUGGCGGUCGAUCAGCUGCAGGCAAGUGAAAAACUGAUUGCCGAACUGAAUGAAACGUGGGAGGAAAAGUUAAAGCGAACGGAACAAAUCCGUGUGCAACGGGAAGCCGUUUUCGCGGAGAUGGGCGUGGCAGUGAAAGAGGAUGGCAUCACGGUUGGUGUUUUCUCACCGAAGAAAUCGCCUCAUCUGGUGAAUCUCAACGAAGACCCCACGCUGUCCGAAUGCUUGCUGUACUACAUUAAAGACGGACUGACCCGUCUCGGUACGUCGGAAGCAAACGUACCGCAGGAUAUUCAGCUGUCCGGUUCACACAUCCUAAAGGAGCACUGCGUGUUCGAGAAUAAGGAUGGCGUAGUCACGCUGGUGCCGCACAAGGACGCGCUAGUAUACGUGAACGGGCGGAAAGUAAUCGAACCGGAGGUACUGCAAACCGGUUCGCGCGUCAUCCUGGGACGCAAUCACGUGUUCCGGUUCACGCAUCCCGAGCAGGCGCGUGAGAAGCGCGAGAAAAACAAGGAAGUUGAUGUGUGCGAAACGCCUGGCAACAGUGGCGAGAUUGCGGAUUGGAACUUUGCGCAGUGCGAGUUGCUUGAAAAGCAGGGCAUUGAUUUGAAAGCGGAAAUGGAAAAGCGUCUACUAGCUCUGGAGGAGCAGUACAAGCGCGAAAAGCGGGCGGCCGAUCAAGAAUUUGAAGAGCAACGCAAGACCUACGAGGCCAGAAUUGAUGCGUUGCAGAAGCAAGUGGAAGAACAGUCGAUGACCAUGUCGAUGUACAGCAGCUACAGUCCUGAAGACUUCCACCAGGAAGAGGACAUCUUUGUCAAUCCACUGUUUGAGUCCUGUUGGACAGCACGAGAAGCAGGACUCGCUGCCUGGGCCUUCCGCAAAUGGCGUUACCAUCAGUUCACAUCGCUUCGUGACGAUCUGUGGGGCAAUGCAAUCUUCCUGAAGGAAGCUAAUGCGAUUUCAGUCGAAUUGAAGAAAAAGGUUCAAUUCCAAUUCACACUGCUGACCGAUACACUGUAUUCUCCGUUACCGCCGGAGUUAACACCCGCACCAGCAGUCGGUGCACUGAUAAACGGUGGCCAGGAAGAUGAAUUCGGCCAGAAUCCGAUACCGCGAACUACUGUGGCGGUUGAAGUGACCGAUACUAAGAACGGCGCUACCCACUACUGGAGUUUGGAGAAGUUGCGGUAUCGGUUGGAGCUGAUGCGACAAAUCUAUAACACCUCCGACACAUCUCCCGAGCUGAUGAGCUUCGUGCUCGAGCUGUCUAGUGGCGAGCACUCUCCCGAAUAUCCUGGCAUACAGUACCAAGCGUACGCUCGGGCGGAGCACCAAACUACCGAACAACCGAACCGAGAAGCAGCACAGCUGCUGACGGGGCUAGCAUCAAACUGUGAUGUUAGCAAUUGUCUGACCUCACCAACAACAUCGGUGUCAUCCACCGCAUCCUCUCCCUCCGGUUCCUGUGGCACUGCAUCACCACCAUCGCCGCCAUCCGUUAUCUAUGACGGCAGUAUCGCCGGAUCGCUCAACAGCGGCACGUUGGGCAAAACAGGCACAAGGCUAACUCUGGCCAAUCUGAUGCCAUCUAGGCAACGUCUUGAAUUGAUGCGUGAGAUGUAUCACAAUGAAGCAGAGCUAAGCCCAACAUCACCAGACUACAAUGUGGAAAGUUUGACCGGGGGCGAUCCAUUCUACGAUCGUUUCCCAUGGUUCCGGAUGGUGGGACGAUCGUUUGUGUAUUUGAGCAACCUGCUCUAUCCGGUUCCGCUGGUCCACAAGGUGGCAAUCGUGAAUGAGCGUGGAGAUGUGCGCGGCUACCUGCGUGUUGCCGUUCAACCCGUGAUGGAUGAGGAAAAUGCUGACUUUAGCAACGGGGUGAAACAAUCCGCCCGCAUCCUAUUCGACGAGGAGCAGAACGGACAGCAUAAGGUGCCGAAGAUUCGCACCAUCCCCGAUAAGGAUGAAAAGUACAUCGAGGGAGGAAACGAAAUGGGCACCAAGCUGGAGGAAUUGGAGCAGGAAGAUGCGGACUCUGGACGUGGCGAUUCGAGCGUUGCUUCCGAGCUGCACGAAUCAAACGACCAGGAACCGGGCGAACAUUUGCAGCCGGGCAAAGAGUUUACCUUCCGCGUUACUGUACUGCAGGCUACAGGAAUUGCGGCCGAGUACGCUGAUAUAUUCUGUCAGUUUAACUUUUUGCAUCGACAUGAGGAAGCAUUCUCCACGGAACCGGUCAAGAACUCAGGAUCUGGAGCACCGCUUGGAUUCUAUCACGUACAAAAUAUCACAGUUCCGGUAACGAAAUCGUUCAUCGAAUAUCUGAAGACCCAACCGAUCGUUUUCAAGGUGUUCGGUCACUAUCAGCAUCACCCGUUGCACAAGGAUGCCAAGCAGGACUGCCAGAUCACGAGGCCCCCUCCACGGCGCAUGCUGCCGCCGAGUAUUCCCAUCAGCCAGCCGGUACGCAGUCCAAAGUUCGGUCCACUGCCGUGCCCACCGUCUUCGACGGUGCUGGCCAAGCACGACGUACUCGUAUGGUUCGAAAUCUGUGAGCUGGCUCCUAACGGCGAGUACGUACCGGCGGUCGUCGACCACAGUGACGAUCUGCCCUGCCGGGGACUGUUCCUGCUUCACCAGGGCAUUCAGCGACGCAUUCGCAUCACUAUCGUGCACGAACCGACACCCGAAGUAAAGUGGAAGGACAUUCGCGAGCUGGUUGUCGGACGCAUUCGCAACCAGCCGGAACCGGCCGACGAUGAGGAUUCGGACUCGUGCGUCCUGUCGUUGGGCUUGUUCCCGGGCGAGGUGUUGGAGGUGCCCGGAGAUGAUCGGUCGUUCUUCCGUUUCGAAGCUGCCUGGGACUCGAGUCUGCACAAUUCGGCUUUGCUCAAUCGUGUCACACAAACGGGCGAACAGAUCUACAUUACGCUGAGUGCUUAUCUUGAGCUUGAUAACUGCGCUCGUCCAGCCAUCAUCACGAAGGAUCUCAGCAUGAUCAUCUACGGCCGUGACGCCCGCACUGGACCACGUUCGCUGAAACAUUUGUUCUCCGGCCAGUACCGCAAUCCGGAAGCGAAUCGCCUGUCGGGCGUGUAUGAACUAUCACUGAGAAGAGCUUCUGAAGCAGGUAGUCCAGGUGUCCAACGUCGUCAGCGUCGUGUGCUGGAUACGAGCUCUACCUAUGUGCGCGGUGAGGAGAAUCUGCAUGGCUGGCGCCCUCGCGGAGACUCACUCAUCUUCGAUCACCAGUGGGAGCUGGAGAAGCUUACCCGCUUGGAAGAGGUUGGGCGCGUUAGACAUCUGCUGCUACUGCGCGAACGACUCGGCAUGGACACGACACCGAAUCCGACCACCAAAACUGAAAAGGACGUGUGCAAUUUGGCUCAGCGCGCUAGUGCAUCACCGGUACACAUGGUUAUUCCACCGUCGCCGCAAACGCCGGUCAAAGAUCAGCAGGCACCGGCAAUGCCGGAGCGUGAGCUGUCUGUCCGCGAAACCGAGCUGGUGUGGAAGUGUGUGAAGCUUAUUCAGGGUCGUAUCGGCUGCAAGGAGCUGGGCGCCGAGGGUAACGGUUCCGGAACGCAAGCGUCCGACGCUUCGCCGGGCGAUGAGGGCUGUGCCGAUAUGAACGCGAGCUACAUUUCGAGCAACUCGAUCGAGCUGUGCUCACCGGAACGUGUGGAUAUGCCGAACGGUUGGGAGGCACCGGCACCGGCUCCGCAAACGCAGGACCUGUCGCUUCGGCUGUACGUACCAGAGCUGGAGGAGAUUCGCGUCAGUCCGGUGGUAGCCCGCAAGGGCUAUCUGAACGUGCUCGAGCAUGGUGGUUCCGGCUGGAAGAAACGAUGGGUCACCGUGCGACGUCCGUACGUAUUCAUCUUCCGCUCCGACAAGGAUCCGGUAGAACGCGCCGUCUUGAACCUUGCCACAGCGCAGGUAGAAUGCAGCGAAGAUCAAGCGGCGAUGGUGAAGGUUCCGAACACAUUUAGUGUUGUCACCAAACAUCGAGGAUAUUUGCUGCAAACACUCGGUGACAAGGAAGUGCAUGACUGGUUGUAUGCAAUCAAUCCCCUGCUGGCCGGGCAAAUUAGGUCUCGAUUGGCCAGGAAAAACAUUUCCAGCAUAAGCAGCACUGGAAGUGGUGCAGGCGAUCAGCAACAGGCGACGACGGGAGCGUCCGCACUGGCUGUAGCGGCCGCCCAGGGCAACGGAGGUGGCAGCAGUUCUGGAGGCAAAUGAGAUACAAUAACGAUGGAGUCCGUGCUAGUAUACUAAACUACUGCGCAACGGCUACUCCUACACUGUCGCAGAAUGUAGAGCGACCAUAAACCAUGACCACCAUUAUUCCUAGAAAGGAUGAUCUAAGUUUGACGUGAUGCAAUCGCCACCACCAAGAAAACCAAAAUCAAACCAAAAUAAUUAUUAGUACUCGUUGUCGUUAACUCCUCCUCCCUCCUUCCCUCUCUCCACUUAGUUGUGUUGGUAGGUUUCGGUUUCGAAUUAAGAAAUUCAACAUCACAAAUAAGGAAGAAGAAAACACGCAGCCAGACAAACUAUGUCACGGUAUGUGUCAAGAACAUGUGAAGUUAGUUAAAAGAAGCGAGAACGGCAUGAUUGUACGUCAGAUGAUGAUGAUGUUUUGGAGUGCGUGGCAGAUUAGUUGAUUAUAGUUUACUUUAGCACUUCUCAUUAGUUGAUAGUUUAAUUUGUGAACGGUUCUUUUAAGAGCCGGCGUAAUUUUACUUUAUCGAAAAAGGAUACUGUUUAACGCUACAUGUAAGAUAGCAUGUUUUGUAUAUAUACAAAAGAAAUGGAAAACUAUUUUUAUCCCACAUAAAGCUAAAGGAUCAUUUUAUCCUCGUGUUCAGUUGCCUGUUUUGGAGCAAAGUUUAUUUAUCGUUUCACAUGUGAUUGGUAUGCGUAUCACGAACGAUACGGAGGGGAUUUAUGAUUAGAUCGCACUCAGGCAGGGUCUGGUGCUGUUUGCCGAUUCGUUUUUUUAAUUCUACAGAAUUUCCUCUAGAGAGACUGCAAUAAGGCUUACAAACUAGAAAGAUAGAACGGGCAAUGGGGAGGAGCAGCGAAGCUGUAACCUAACGCAUUGCCCUAGCGAAACCGCAAGAACCGACCACUUGGCUGUCGUGCUUGCGUAGCGUUGUGGUACGAAUUGUUGCUACAUUUAGAUAUCUGAUUUACUGUGCUUUUUGCAACACUUUUGUGACACUGUUGUUGGUGCUUUCUUUCUUUGCCAGUUUGGCUUGAGAUGAUGAUGGCGAGAAGGAAACGGCAUGUGUGUGUGUGUGUGGGCCAAGAGCAAUCGAAAUAUGAUAGUGGGAGCGAUGUGCAAGGCAGAGGACACCUACAUAAUACUUUCCGUUGGGCGAAUCCUAAAAGAAAACAUGGGAAAGAUAUUAACCAAUAGAAUAGUUAAUGUUUAGUGCAAAAAACAAGUGCGAAUAAACAAAAAAACACACAUGGAACAGCUUACAAGGACGAGUACGAAGCGGUACGAAAAACGCAUAAACAAGAUAGUGGUUAAAGUGGCAAAGUUAAGCAUUGUCUGGAAGCAAAUACCGCAAGCAGAACAAAUUGAUAUAAGUGUAGUAGUGGAUCAACACUACUAGCAAACACAUUCUGAUAACACUCACACACAGAGUAUAGUGGCGUGAGACUACUGCGUUGGCUAUGCUCUUGUUGUGACCGGAUCAGAAUCUCUAUGCCAGCCACAAUGUUUGAAUCUCUGUAAAAGAUAAUCGUGUCGUGUACAUCUCUCUUCGCGUAAACAAGCGUUGGCAAGACGGGAAGGAGGAAAUAAAACAUACAAAACGAACUACUAUUUACAAGACAAAAAAGUCAGGCAGCAACCGCAACAAUACACGGCGCAAGCAUGCGAAGGGAAUAAAAUUCUACACAAUAUUAUUCAACAAAACAUACCUACGGAAAUACCAGUAGUAUAAAGAUAACAAAAAAAAAAACACAGGAAAAAGAUCAGCUCAGCUCAAACAAGUUUGCAAAAUGAACAGAACAAGAAAACACACUCCCAUACAUACCUACACCCGAACGUGGAACGUAAAGUAUUAGUGCAUUGACAACUGAAUGAAUUGUUACGAUCGGACUAUUACGAUAUAUUUAAUAUUUUAUUUUGCUUUUGCGGGGAAUCUAUUGGGCAAGGCAGCGGCUGCCGAGCAGAAUUGCAAAGUAAGGAAUCGAAUACACGCCACUCAAAACGCUUCGAAAACGUGUGCAGAAAAAUGGACAAGGUACACGCACUGAAGACUGUUGCAGCUGGUGGCUUGAAGCUAUUGUGCGCAAGUGUGGUUAGUGUUUUUGCUUUCUUUUCCGCCUCUGCAUCUGUGUGUUGAUGGGGUGGGGGUAAGAACUUCCUCACGUAAAUACAAAAGUGUGAAGAGUACUAUCCUGUAAUAAUCACAUCAACAAAACAGAACAGGAUUGUACAGAAGUAUGUAAAUAGUGACAGCACACACACACACAAACUACGACGGCGAGAAGGGAUGGAAGAAUAUUGAAGCGUUUUAAGUUGUACGCUUGAAUGGCCUUAGCUUCCUUUCUAUAUAUUUUCCAAAAGAAUGGAGCUUUUGUCAGGAUCAAAGCUGUGUUGUUCGAUUUUGCAUCCUAUUGCUUGGGUUGGCGGCGUAUAAGAUUCCUCAAAACCAUACUACUGUGUACAUAUUUGGUAUCGGUCGAUGGAGCAUGUGGAGCCGGUGUGUCCGGUGUAUCGUACUGUCCGCACGCCAAGACCACCCUUUAUCGAUCAUCUAUUUCAUCUCACAGAUACAGACGAGGAAGGUUUAACAGGAUUUAGGCUGAUUUUGAGCAUCACAGUGCAACCAACCGAUACCAAAGAUAAAGAUGUGUAGGCAAACCAAAAAAGGGUAAGGACAAGGAUGGAAGGAAGGUACAGGAUGAAAAAAGUUAAGUACGAUACGGCAAUGUUUGUCAUGCAUUCGGUUUAGGAAAAUCUUUCAGGCAGGAAGAAUUUAGACAGCCAAUUGGUUUCAUUUUCUUUAUCGCUUUAUUUUCGCGCGGUUUAGAUAUGCUUGCAUUAAGUGAUGGUAUAAUGUCACUUUUAUUAUGCAAAGCAUUGAAACAACCCAUACUUUUCUUAAAUAUAUGCUUAAUUUCUCACUUUGUGUAUAUUUUUCAUUCUCUUUCUCUGAAAAGCUUCUUUCUAGAAACAACUAGAAAGUUAAAAUAGACGAAGCGAUGUUUUAAAAUAUUUGUGCAAAAUUUCAAAAAACCAAUUGCUAUAACAAAAAAGGACACAACCUGGUACAACCGUGUGUGUGUAAACGUAAAAACAAAAUAGAACAAAAAUAAAUGAAUAAAUGUAACCGUUUCAGAUCCAUUCUGCUUACCGCAAACCAAAUAACACCGAUACAUAAAAAAAUAAUUGUAUAGGAUAUAGUGGACAAAUAAAACAAACAAACAAAAACAACUGAGAAUUACUUGAGAAACAAAACCAAACCAUACCCAAAACGAGCAAGAAAAGAAAAGAAAAAUAAGAAAAAAGAUCAAUCCCAAAGUAACACAGUAGCGUUACUCUAUCCCUAGCAGCACACACACACACACAAACAGACACACAAACAGACAGACACCGCAUACACCACUCCAUUCUUCUUCCUUCCCGUGUACUCUCUAUCUCUCUAUACGUAUAUAUUUACAUAAAAUAAUACAUGUAUUUAGCCAAAAUGCCUAGUAAAGAGAAAACUUGCUUACGUUUCCACACGCCGUUUUACGUUGAUCUUGGGUGAGGGGGAGGAGGGGGGGGAGGGGUCCGAUGGCACCCGAAACAGAAACAAAUUAAGAAAAGAAAAAAAUGGAGAAUAAACACAGUUUAAUUUAUUGUUGUUCCCCCGCAGCGAAUCCGCCACAUACGAUCGUGCAUAAAACAAUAUAUGUAUUCUGAACUCUAUAAUCACAGCAUUGGAUGAAAUAAAAACAAGGAAGAGUAAAAUAUAACAACAAGAACAAAGAAACACUUGCCUGUGCAUGCAAGUAAGUGUUGCAUCAUGUCGUGCAAGAAGCUAUUGAGCAGCAUGUUGAGAAGGUCUAAUAAAAGAAAUGGAAAAUGCAACAAAAGGACACAAAUAGUAAAUGGAUUUGUAGCCAGGAAUGAAAGAAAGAACGCUGGAACAAAACAAAAUGGAAGAUACGUGGUAAGCAACAAAACACAACCAAAGGAGGGAAAGCGAUUUGUGAACGUUUGUGUAGGAGAAGAAACCACAAAUGAAUUGAACGAUUGGGAAAAGAUAAAAUAUAGAACCUAUUGAACAAAACCAAAUCGUAUUAUCUCCUUCAACUAUAUGAAAUAUACAAAAAAAAAGCAAAUCCAUAAAUAUUUAUAUACAUAAACAAUUAUACCUAUACAGAUAAAUAUAUAUAUUUG